AGUUAUUUUUUCAAAAGUUUUUGAAAUAAUUUUUACAUAUACUAAAAAAAAUGUCAGAAGGAUCAAAAAAAGUUGGUAUGAUUAUUUUGUGUAUAAUUAUCCCUCCUCUUGCAGUAUUUAUAAGAAGAGGUUGCGCAUUAGUAUUUUGGGUUAAUAUCGUCCUUUGGAUUUUAGGUUGGAUUCCAGGUGUAAUUCACGCUCUUUGGGUUGUAUUAAAGAGAGAUCCAUAAACAAUUAAAUAAAUAUUAAAAAAAUUAUUUUUUUAAUUUUAAAAU